AUACAUAUAAAUAUAAACUAGGAGACCAUUCGUCCACCGCCUCACCGAGCAUAAUAGCAAAAAACAAUACGAGCGAAGCAGAGGAAGAAGCGGAAACGCCAUUGAAAUAGUGGUGCGGUGCUCAGCUCCAAAAUAUCCCAGACACCUACCAUAUCUCUUUUACAGCUUCAAAACCAUAACCCAAAAAACUUGAAUAGGCUGGGAAGAAAAAAAAAAAAAAGACCCUUUUUUUUUUUUUAAUAGAAAUUUGGAAAACCGGAAGAAACUUGCUCUUCCCUUCCAUUGGUGGCUACCUUUCCGAACCCCACCCUCUUCUUUUCCGGCGACGGCGGCGGCGGUGGAGGUGGCCUCAAAGUUAUAUCUUUUUUUAUUCCUCCACUCCACUUUGAUUGUAUUUUCAGGCACAUUUUUUUUUUUUCUUUUUUUCUUUUCUGGGUCUGUUUGAUAGCUGAGAAAGAGAAGGAAAUUGUAGUUGUCAACAUGUUGACAAUCAAGAGGGUAGCUACAGUUGUUUCAAACUAUCAGGAGGAAGGUUCAGGAACGGGUUUAGAUCAAAGGGCAUUGGGAUGUGGCCGCAAUUGUCUUGCAAAAUGCUGCUUACCUGCAUCCAAGCUUCCUCUGUAUACAUUCAACAAAGAUGGAGAGGUGACUAGCGAACAUAAAGUUGUGACACAGGAACAUUCUCACAUCUCUUUCCUGCACAAUUUGUUGCUUGGACAGUGGGAGGAUCGAAUGAACCGAGGCCUUUUUCGUUAUGACGUAACCACUUGCGAGACAAAGAUUAUUCCUGGACAUUAUGGAUUUAUUGCUCAGCUAAAUGAAGGACGCCACUUGAAGAAAAGGCCCACCGAAUUCAGGAUUGACCAGGUUCUUCAACCAUUUAAUGAGGAAAAAUUCAAUUUCACCAAAGUUGGCCAAGAAGAAGUGCUUUUCAGGUUUGAAUCUAGUGACAACAAUAGCCAUUUCUGGCCGAGUGCACCUGUUGAUAUGGUUUCAAACUCGCCUAGUGUUGUUGCCAUUAAUGUGAGUCCUAUUGAGUAUGGACACGUACUCUUGAUUCCCCGCGUUUUGGACUGCUUGUCCCAGAAAAUUGACCGUGAGAGUUUCUUGCUUGCUAUGCAUAUGGCUAAAGAAGCAGGUGAUCCAUUCUUCAGGUUGGGAUAUAACAGCUUGGGUGCUUUUGCCACUAUCAAUCACCUACAUUUUCAGGCAUAUUACUUAGCAGUUCCCUAUCCUGUCGAGAAAGCUCCAACUCAGAGAAUAAUUGCUGCGAAAGGUCUGGAAAAGAAAGGAGUUAUUGUUUCACAGCUCUUGAAUUAUCCAGUUAGGGGCCUUCUUUUCGAGGGUGGGAACACAAUGAGGGAUUUAUCUGAUGCUGUUGCUAGCUCUUGCAUUUGCUUGCAGAACAGCAACAUCCCUUUCAAUGUUCUCAUCUCUGAUUGUGGGAAAAGAAUCUUUUUGUUCCCUCAGUCAUUUGCAGAGAAACAAGCACUAGGAGAAGUAAGCAAUGAUAUCCUGGAAACUCAAGUGAACCCGGCUGUGUGGGAAAUCAGCGGCCACAUAGUUCUGAAGCGAAGGAAGGAUUUCAAUGAUGCAUCAGAGACAUAUGCGUGGAGACUUCUCGCCGAAGUUUCCUUAUCAGAAGAGAGAUUCGAAGUGGUGAAGUCAUAUAUAAUGGAGGCGGCUGAGGAAAAGGAAGAAGAAGCUCAUUAUAACCCAGUUUCUCCUAAAGCUCCCUCACAUUUAUCUCAAGAUUGUAUGGUUCUUCAGUGCUGAAGGAAUGCCAGAAACUUAGUUCUAACAUAAUAUCUGCUGUAGAUUGAAACUGCUGGAUCUUCAAUAUACUGAUAUUCUGCUUUGAUGGAAACUUACAGAUCCUUUAUAUUUGUGAUUAGAUUGUUAUAGUUUUGUUAGUUAGAUCUGUGGCUGUUGUAUAUAAUACUUGGAAUAACCAAAUAUUUCACGCUGAGUAUAGUAUUAUUUAUAUAUGUAUACUAGUUGGAUAAACCUAUAAAAAUGUGUAAGGAUCAUCCAACUUUUGCCGAUAUAAAAACGAAAACUAUUAUGUUCAAUUUUUCUCUUUUGCUAAGAUUUUAAAGCAUGUAUCUGUUA